UGAUUUGCCACGUGAGAUGCUUGGAAAUAUUCAGUCUUGCCAGAAAUCCGCGUGACAAGACUCCACCCUCGUCGUACACAGCGACAGAGUCUCUCUGUGAACAACGGCAACGAAAAAAAAAGGGAAAUUGUAUCUUUUGUGUCUCUGGCUAUGUACGGAAAUACGAAGCGUAGAAUUCAGAAUUUUAUUAUUAUUUGUGGCGAUAUUUGCCGGUGAGGCAAAGCAAUGCAUCGCUACUAUCUAGAAAUAUAGUUUAUAUCGAACCCCAUUCUCGGCAAGACGGAUAUAUUUAAUUAUCCCUCCGGAAAUUUCUGUAUUUUUUAGCUCUCUAGCAGUAUUUUUGACUUGAUCUUAAAAAAGGCUUAAAAAGCUCUCGCUCUCUUAGAUAGUGAUUUAUGGAUUUAAGAUAAUCUUAACGAGUUUAGAGAAAAUUUUUGAAAAUAUAACCGAAAGACGAAAAAAAAAACAAAAAAAAAUUAAACAAACAAAAAAAACCACGAGAAGAAAUCAGCAGAUCCUUUGUGGGACUUUAUUUGGACAGUCGUCGGCGGGUUUGCAAGAAAAAAUGCCAAAACUUGCUGAUAACACUGAACACCGUAAAUUCAUAAUUAAAUUCAUACUUGGACCUGUGCAAGUAAUGCGAGUCAAUCGUUAAAUAUACACAAAAAUAAUAUUAUAUUAUUAUCAGUAUUUUGACUCGACAGACAGAAAAUUUUAAAGAAAUUUUGAAAAUUUAAUUAAAGUUGAAUAAAAUCUCACGAAAAAUGGGCUCUGAGACGAAUACGUGCAACAAUUACUACUCGGAUGUGUCAUCAGCGACUUCGAAUAACUCGAGUUCAGCUCCAAAUCCUAAUUCUGGCGGUACAAAUGGCAAUUCGAGCAGUACAAAUGCUGGCACGGAACAACAACAGCUGAACAAUUAUUACCAAACGUGAAUAAUUCGCGUUCGGGCGAAGGACAAUCCAGCUGGAAUAACGAUUCGCGUUGGAAUUUUCAGAACAUGAAUCAACAAUAUCAGAGAUUUUACUCCGAUUCGCAGAAUUACAACAAUUUGAUGGCUGUGGCAGCGGCUUCGCAGCAAAAUCAGCAUCAAAGCCACGCCAUUCAGCAACAUCAGCAGAAUAUUCCGCAGCAAAUGCACGUCAUCCAGACACCUUCUUCAGCAAAACGUCUCUAUUACAGUCAAGGUAAAACAAGCAAUAAUAAAGACAUUUGUGGCGAGGAUAAACACAAGGAGGACGGCGACCCGUGGAACGUAGAGGCACAAACGGCGUUUCUCGGGCCAAAUUUGUGGGACAAGACAUUACCGUAUGAUACUGAUCUCAAAGUACAUCAAUAUGCCGAUUUGGAUGAAUUUUUGUCAGAGAAUGGCAUCCCCGUUGACAGCCUACCCGGAAACCAUUUGGGACACUCGACAAGCGGCUCCAUCGGCGGACACAAAUCCGAUUCGCUCGGCAGUCAUAUCGGCACGGGCCUCUCUUUCGGGCUCGGACAGGUGACAACAAAGCGCGAGCGCUCCCCCAGCCCGUCAGAUUGCAUGAGUCCCGAUACAAUGAAUCCCGCAUCACCUGCAGACUCCACGUUCUCGAUGUCGUCUUCGCGUGACUUUGAUCCCCGUACUCGUGCAUUUUCCGAUGAAGAACUCAAGCCGCAACCGAUGAUCAAAAAGUCCCGCAAGCAAUUUGUGCCCGACGAGAUGAAAGACGACAAAUACUGGGCACGGAGGCGAAAGAAUAACAUGGCUGCCAAGCGAUCACGUGACGCCCGACGCAUGAAGGAGAAUCAAAUUGCCCUGAGGGCCGGCUAUUUGGAGAAAGAGGUAAACAUGAACCUCCAUCGCGAAGUCGAACAACUUAAGUUGGAAAAUCAGGAAUUACGUUCACGAUUGUCAAAGUACCAGGAUGUGUAAUAAAGCAACACACCAACCUACCAACACACAUACACACACAACACAUGUUUAACUUUAAGGAAAUAAUUGUUGAUUCAUCUGUUUCAUUUUUUUCUUUAAUUUUAUCAUUUUUUCAUUAGAAUUUUUUUUAUCAUUGAAGUUUUUUUUUGUGUAGAUCGGAUAAAAAUUAGGAAUUUUAUAGGAAAAAAAAAGAAAAAAAUUGAAUGCACGUUGUCGCCUAUUAAAAAUUAUCUAUUUUCUUCUAUAUUUUCUAUUUCUAAUGAAAAUAUGAAUUUGUUUUUACUCGUAUCGACUAUAAAAACGCUGUUAAUUAAAUUAAGCAACUGAAAAAAAAAAUAAAUAAAAAGAGAGAGAAUAUAUCUAUAAAAAAAUAAUAAUAUAAUAAAAAAGUAAUAAAAAAAAUUAUUACGAGAAAAAAUGAUAUAAUAAAAAAAAAUACUUCACCAAUAAAAAUAAAUAAUAUAAAAAAAAAUAUUAUGAAUAAGAAAUAGAGGCUGAAAUAGAUGAAAUAGAAAAUUUAUUAUUAUUAUUAUAUAGUUU